ACCAAGCGCGACACGAAGCCAGGGACAAGCAAACAAGCCAGAGCCUAAAGCUAGCCAAGGGAUCUCUCACAGCUACCGGUCUUUGUUUACCGCUCGAGCCAGUAAACGUUUCACGAGCUAGCCUCUCGAGGCUCUCGAGCUAGGGACCGGAGGUUGGCGGUGGUAGAUUACUGGUUGCUGCUCGAUCGAGAGGUUAGUGUCCAUGGCGCCGGUAUACGCCGCGGAGGCCGGCACCAACGGGUCCGGCGGGCUGAUCCUGGACCCGGCGGCGCAGCGGUCGGCGCUCAGCCGCGGCGCGUCCGCGCUAUCCACGCCCAAGUCGCCGCCGCCGGCGUACGGGAGCAUCGUCACCGUGCUCAGCAUCGACGGCGGUGGCGUGCGCGGGAUCAUCCCCGGGACCAUCCUCGCCUUCCUCGAGGAGAAGCUGCAGGAGCUGGACGGUCCGGACGCGAGGAUCGCGGACUACUUCGAUGUGAUCGCCGGGACGAGCACCGGCGGGCUGGUGACCGCCAUGCUCACGGCGCCAAAUAAGAAGGUGGACCCCAACCGCCCGCUCUUCGCCGCCAAGGACAUCAACGACUUCUACCUCAAGCACUGCCCCAAGAUCUUCCCUGCCAGAAGCGGCGGCCCUCUGGGUCUUUUUAAGAGCGUCGUUCUGGGCCCCAAGUACGACGGCAAGUACCUCCAGUCCAUCGUCCGGGAUCUCCUCGGCGACACCAAGGUCAGCGAGGUGCUCCAGAACAUCGUCAUCCCCACCUUCGACAUCAAGCUCCUCCAGCCCACCGUCUUCUCCAGAUACGACGCCAAGAACGAUGCCUCCAAGAACGCUCUGCUCUCGGACGUGUGCAUCAGCACCUCCGCCGCGCCGACGUACCUCCCAGGGCACCAGUUCCAUACCAAGGACAAGGACGGCAAGCCCAGGGCCUUCAACCUCAUCGACGGAGGCGUCGCCGCAAACAAUCCGACGCUACUGGCGAUGACGCACGUGAGCAAGCAGAUCAUCCUGGGCAACAAGGACUUCUUCCCGAUCAAGCCGGCGGACUACGGCAAGUUCAUGGUCCUGUCGUUGGGCACCGGCUCCGCCAAGAUCGAGGAGAAGUUCGACGCCGUGGAGUCCAGCAAGUGGGGGCUCCUGGGGUGGAUCUACAACAAGGGCUCGGCGCCCAUCAUCGACAGCUUCAGCCAGGCCAGCGCCGACCUCGUCGACAUCCACGCCUCCGUGCUCUUCCAGGCGCUGCACUCGGAGAAUAGCUACCUCCGGAUCCAGGACGACGAGCUCAGCGGCGACACCUCGUCCGUCGACGUCUCCACCAAGGAGAACCUGAACCGCCUCGUCGACGUCGGCAAGAGGCUCUUGAAGAAGCCGGUGUGCAAGGUGAACGUCGAGACAGGGAAGAACGUGUCUGACGAGAAGAACAGGGGAACCAAUGAGGAGGAGCUCACCCGUUUCGCCCGGAUGCUGGUAGAGGAGCGCCGGGCCAGGCUCCAGAAGAAAGGCAACACAUCACAGUAAACAUGGAUGGGCCGGGGUACUUGUAGUGACGAAUACAUGAAUAGUACAUGAUAGCCUAAGCAUGCAUGCUCUGUAAUUUAUUUAUCUGUUCAUGUUCUUUGUAGCGACUAUAAUUAGCACUUCCAAACUGUCUGCCUCUGUAUUCUGUAAUACAUGCAAUACGCAAUGUAUAAACUUAAUUUGCAUUACAGCAUUAGUUGAAUUUUGUCGAC